CCGGAGACGGAAGGAUCCAGUUCGAGCUCUGUCGUCCAACGUCAUAUGCUCGAAGCCGAAAUCAUCGCGAGGUUUCUCAAUGUGAACAGAGCUCUUCUCAACCAAGUGGAUUGUACCAUGAGUGGCUCAACGUGUACCCUUGCUCUCGUCCUGCCCGAUGGGAGCGGGAACAAGACGAUGGUGUUUGCAAACCUGGGUGACUCGAGAGCUGUCAUCGGAGCUCGGCGAAGCGAGAACUCGCCCUUGGUAUCCAUUGAUGCCACCAUCGAUCACAAACCAGGCAUCCCGGCAGAGAGGAAACGGAUCACAGACUCGGGAGGUUGGGUAGGCGUCAUUGACCAAAUGCAGAAGAGGAUCAUGCUGCUUGAAGAUUCGGUUGACGAAGGUUACGACGGUCAGAACAUUCACUUCAACGCUGAAUUUAUCGACUCCGACAGCAACCCCAGCUUUGCAUAUCACAAUGACAUCUUGAGGAAGACGGCGAGAGUCUUCAUCCCCGGCUCAAACUUGCCUGGCCUCGCUGUCAGUCGCUCCUUCGGCGAUGAAGCCGUUGGUCACCUCGGCGUCACAUCAAGCCCCGAAGUCACUUUCCUCAGCUGCUCGCCUGCUCAUAAGUUCAUCAUUCUGGCUACUGACGGGCUCUGGGAGGUCCUGACCAGCCAGGAAAGCGUCGAGAUUGUCGGGCAACAUGCGGAUGCGGACGGAGGGGCACGAGCUCUGCUUGACGUCGCUUCUCACAGGUGGCAAAAUCGCCCUCCCUAUGUUUAUCGCGAUGACAUCACUGUGAUGAUCGUUCAACUUCCAUGAUCCUUGAAGAUCGAGCUACUACCUGGCAAGAUCGAGCUACUACCAACUUAACUUUGAGUAAAGAACCUGGCAUCACAGGAAGU